CGAGAUUUCCACAAAAUCUACAGGCGGGAACGUCGCGUAUGUUAUGUCAUCCUGAAUUAAUUUGUAAUUCACUUUGUGAGACAUGAUGGCGUGUCGUGGAACAGACCUGUUCUCUGAAAUUGACAUGCUUCGUGCUGAACUACUGCACAAUGUCGAGGUCACGGCUGACUGCCAGCGUGUUGAAGAAGAAAUAAGCCAGCAGGAUGUUUUGACCCGCAUUGAAAACAUAAUCCUAGGAAUAGUGACCAGUCUGUCCAAAGAUGAGGCCCCUGUCCUGGCACUGCCCAACAGAUCCAGCUGGGCCAACGUCAGUUUUGACAGCGCCAUCGGGCUUCAGAUGAGUUCAGGAAGUUCUGUCACCACCAUUAGGAGCGACUGUGCUUUGUCCGUUGCUAAAUUUGCGCAAAUUCUCAAGAUUCUUUUGGUCAUCUACAGACUCAUCCAGAGCAACUCAUAUGCUACGAAAAGAGACAUCUAUUACAACAAUACACAGCUCUUUGGCUCUCAAAAAACUGUUGAUGGUAUAGUGGAUGACAUCUCCUGCAUGCUAAAGGUUCCUCGCAGAUCACUGCAUGUGUUGGCCACUUGCAAAGGAUUAAUUUCAGGUGAUCUGUGUUACAUGGAGGAAGAUGGCACAAGGAUUGACUGCAACUCAAGCUCUGCUGUAAGUUCCAUCAACAGCCGCAACAAAUUGGCCCCACUGACGGCAGUUGCGGUUUCAUCCAACAUUGAUGGGAUUAGAAAUAUUGUAUCAUGUGCAAAAUUUGUCUUGAUCGUUGAGAAGGAUGCAACGUUUCAGAGACUUCUGGAUGAUGACUUCUGCACAAAGCUUUCUCCUUGCAUCAUUAUCACGGGUAAAGGCGUGCCAGAUGUGAACAGCAGGCUGAUGGUGAGAAAGCUCUGGGACACGCUGCACAUCCCCAUCUUCGCGCUGGUAGAUGCCGACCCUCACGGGAUUGAGAUCAUGUGUAUCUACAAGUACGGAUCAGUGGCCAUGUCGUUUGAGGCCCACAGUCUGACCGUCCCCAGCGUUAUGUGGCUGGGCCUCCUCCCCUCUGACCUCCAGAGGCUGCGGGUUCCAGAGGAUGCCCUGAUCCCCCUCACCAGGACAGAUGAAAACAAACUCACCAGCCUCCUCAAAAGGCCGUACUUAACCAGCCAACCAGACUGGCAGAAAGAGAUGGAACUGAUGCAGCAGACUAAGGUCAAGGCCGAAAUACAGUCCCUGGCAGCCAUCGGUCCUGAUUACCUCACCAACAUCUACCUGCCCAAUAAGCUGCGUUACGGGGGCUGGGUAUGAGCACAAUGCUGCCACUCAGUGGAUUUACCAGUGAACUGCUGAAGCUGGUUGCAAAACUUGAGAAAGGUCUUCUAUGCAACCAUCCUGCCUGACCUUGUUGCACAGAUUCAAAUAUAAAGCUGGUUUGGUUUCUAACAUUUGCCUAUUUAUCAGUGAAUAUGUGUGUUUUGUGUUUUCUAACUGUGUUUCAGAAAGGUCUCAUCCUGCCAUUAAAAAGAUGUAAUCCAAUAGACAACUCAGAGCAUGUUUUUGUCUUUUGGUUUGGACCCGCUAUUGCAAAUUCAUUAAACACACUAUGUUGAUUUUUCUCAUUUACAGAGUUAAUUAUUCUACAGUUGUCUUGCAUUGCUGUGCAUUGUUUACAACCACUGAACAUCAUCACAAUGCAUGCUGGUUCAACGGUUACAAAAGAGCAGAUGAGGAUGAUGAUUUAUAAUGGUUUGGAAUCAGAGUAUGAAGGCUGUUCAGUCAUAAUGUUCUUUUGGCUGCUUUUCUUGAUGUACUUUGUUCUCCUGCAGGUGGAGAAAGGUGCAAUUUCAUUAAUGUACCCACCAACAUUUUAGAUCCUUUAGUGAAGUAAUGAUUUCAUUGUUAUGUGAUUCUUCUUUAUAUGUUUAUUAAUUUACUUUAAACAUAAUUUUAACAUUA